CAAUACAUUCUUCAAGCAACAACUUUCAAUUGAUCACACGUAUACACGUAUACUAUUCUCUCAAUCUCUCUUUAAAUCUCUCCCUCUCUCUCUCUCUCUACACUUAUAAUUGGCAUUUAGUUAAAAUGGAGUUUAUGGGUGGAAAUAGCCAACUCUUGUCCAAGCUAGCAGCCAGUGAUCAGCAUGGAGAAAAUUCUCCUUAUUUUGAUGGAUGGAAAGCGUAUGAAAAUGAUCCUUUUCAUCCAACUGCAAAUCCUAAUGGUGUUAUCCAAAUGGGCCUUGCUGAAAAUCAGCUUUCUUUCGACUUGAUUAAGGAAUGGAUUAAGAAAAAUCCACUAGCGUCAAUUUGUACUAGUGAAGGAGUUAAGGCUUUCAAGGACAUUGCCAUCUUUCAAGAUUACCAUGGCUUGCAGGAAUUCAGAAAUGCUGUGGCGAAGUUUAUGGGAAAGGUGAGAGGUGGUAGAGUUACCUUUGACCCCGACCGCAUAGUGAUGGCCGGUGGAGCCACCGGAGCAAAUGAACUGAUAAUGUUUUGUUUGGCUGAUCCUGGGGAUGCAUUUUUGGUCCCUUCACCUUAUUAUCCAGCAUUUGAUAGGGACUUGAGUUGGAGAACUAGGGUGAAACUGCUUCCUGUUGCCUGCGAAAGCUCGAAUAAUUUCAAAAUUACGAUACAAGCACUUAAGGAGGCAUACGAGAAUGCCCGAAAAGCCAACAUCAAAGUGAAAGGCAUCAUCAUAGCAAACCCAUCAAAUCCCUUAGGAACCACUAUGGACAGGGAAACACUGAGAAGCCUAGUAACUUUCAUAAAUGAAAAGGAAAUUCAUCUGGUGUGUGAUGAAAUAUAUGCAGCCACAAUUUUCUGUGCUCCGAAAUUCGUUAGUGUCUCCGAAGUUGUUGAAGAAGUCAAAUGCAAUCGCGAUUUAAUUCACAUUGUCUAUAGUUUGUCGAAGGACAUGGGCCUUCCCGGAUUCAGGGUGGGGAUAGUUUACUCAUACAAUGAUAAAGUUGUGAAUUGUGGGCGAAAAAUGUCGAGCUUCGGAUUAGUCUCAUCCCAAACACAACAUUUGUUAGCAUCAAUGUUGGCAGAUGAGGAAUUCGUUGACACGUUUUUAGCAGAAAGCUCGAAAAGGCUUGGAAACAGGCACAAGAUCUUUACCAGGGGACUUGAAGAAGUUGGAAUAAAAUGCUUAGACAGCAAUGCUGGCCUUUACUGCUGGAUGGAUUUGCGCCCAUUGCUCAAUGAACCUACAUUUGAAGGUGAAAUGGCACUAUGGAGAGUAAUAAUCAACGACGUAAGGCUCAAUGUCUCUCCAGGAUCAUCGUUUCAUUGUGUAGAACCUGGCUGGUUUAGGGUUUGCUUUGCAAAUAUGGAUGAUGAGACAUUGGGAAUUUCUCUUCAAAGAAUUCGAUUGUUGGUGGGCAAAUGGAAGGAAAUGGGUGCACAAGUAAAGAAUAAUGGACGGAAAAAAACUCUCAAGCUUAACUUUUCUUCAAGAAUCUACGAUGCGGCUGUCCUGUCGCCUCACAUGAUGUCACCUCACUCUCCAAUCCCUCACUCACCCAUUGUUCGUGCCAGGACUUGAGUUUCUUACAAGAUUCACAACCUUUUUUCCUUCAUUAUAUUUGAAGGUUAAUAUAUUUUUUUUUGUAACAGAAAAAGAUUUACUUUUCAUGUUACAUGUAGGUGUGAAUUGUGUGAACUUGUUAUGGUAGUACAAUGUCGUAACUUGACAUAUUUUUAUAUUAAUAAUCAAUGAUAUUUGUGAGUGAAAUAAAAACCAUGUAAAAGGUAUGUAUGGGAAUGAAAGUUUCUAUCAAAAUAUAGUUUUGUUUUUAA